CGGAUGCGCUCAGCGUGUGAAUCGCGCAGGGAGAGUCCCGAUCUGUCACGGAUACCCGCGUCCACUGAAGCUACUGUUCGGAUUCUGAACUCAAAUUCACUCGGGUCAUCUUUGAGUUAGAAGUGCUUUGCUGCGAUGGAGGGUGCUCCUCAGAGCCUGCUCCUGGCUGCGUUACUGCUCCUGUGCAGCUCGCCCGUCCCCUGCAGCGGCGUGGCUCCCUCAGGAGAAGCGGUGGGAUCGGUGCCGGUGCAACUCCGGCUGGCCGGGGAGAAGCGCACGCACCACGAGGGCCGUCUGGAGGUCUUCUACCAGGGGCAGUGGGGCACGGUGUGCGACGACGACUUCAACAUACACUCCGCCACCGUGGUUUGCAGGCAGCUGGGUUACGAAGGAGCGCUGAACUGGGCUCACAGUGCCAAGUACGGACAAGGGACAGGCCCCAUCUGGCUCGAUAACGUCAGCUGCCGAGGUGAGGAGACAACAGUCGCUGCCUGUAGCUCCAACGGCUGGGGUGUCCAUGACUGUAAGCACUCUGAGGACGUGGGGGUGGUCUGCACAGAGAAGAGGCGGGCUGGCUUCGAGAACAGGGAGACCUUUCAGGAUCCCAACCUGCAGCAACUCAACAAGGUGGACAAGGUCCGCCUGCAGCCAGCUCUGGCUUCCGCCAGGAGGCGCAACCCGGUGACGGAGGGGGUGAUCGAAGUGAAGUACCAUGGGAAAUGGAGGCAGGUGUGCGACCUGGACUGGAACUUCAACAACAGCAGGGUCGUGUGCGGGAUGCUCGGAUUCCCCGGAGUCAUCCCCGUGAACACAAGGCUCUACAGGAAGCAGUGGGAUCAAAAGGUGAACAACCCUAAAACCAGGCUGUACUCGUCCAUCAGAAAGAGGAGUUUUUGGAUCCACAAGGUGUCGUGCAGCGGCAACGAGCCUCACCUGUCGGAGUGCAGGCUGCAGCAGUCCGCAGGGAAGAAGAUGUCGCCCUGUGAGGGAGGGAUGCAUGCCGUGGUCGGCUGUGUGCCAGGACCUACAUUUUCACAGGGCAGCGGCAGCCGGUUCCGGAAAGCUUACCGUGCUGAGCAACCCCUGGUGAGGUUAAGGGGAGGAGCUCAGACCGGCGAGGGCAGGGUGGAAGUCCUGAAGAACGGCAAAUGGGGGACCGUCUGCGAUGACCGUUGGAACCUAGUGACUGCCAGUGUGGUGUGCCGCGAGCUGGGAUACGGCAGUGCCCGGGAGGCACUUCCGGGAGCCCGUCUGGGACAAGGUGUGGGCCCCAUCCACAUGAACGAAGUCACAUGCAGCGGCUUUGAGCGGUCAGUGACGGACUGCAGCUUCCGGGAGGCCAGGACCUCCUGCAAACACGAGGAGGACGCAGCGGUCCGAUGCAACAUUCCACAGAUGGGCUUCGAGAAAAAGAUCCGCCUACGGGGAGGUCGAAACCCUUCUGAAGGUCGGGUGGAGGUCCUGGUGCAGGUCAACGGCACGGCCAAGUGGGGCGCCGUGUGCGGCAUGAAGUGGGGACUGACCGAGGCGAUGGUGGUCUGCCGGCAGCUGGGUUUAGGCUUCGCUGACCACGCCCUGCGGGAGACGUGGUUCUGGCAGGGGGAGCAGAUCACCGAGGAGGUGGUCCUGAGUGGGACAUCCUGCUCUGGGACCGAACUCUCCAUCCAGCAGUGCUCCCACGACGGCGACCAGGUGGACUGUCCGAAGGGUGGGGGCCGAUUCGCCGCUGGAGUCACCUGCACAGAGUCUACGCCCGACCUGGUGCUGGACGCUGAGCUGGCCCAGCAGUCCGUCUACCUGGAGGACCGACCCCUGCACAUGCUCUACUGUGCCCACGAGGAGGGCUGCUUGUCAAAGUCGGCAGACGUGAUGAACUGGCCCUACGGACACCGGCGCCUCCUACGCUUCUCCUCCCGCAUACUCAACAUCGGCAGGAGUGACUUCCGCCCGCGGUCUGGCCGUCACGCCUGGAUCUGGCACAGCUGCCACGCACACUACCACAGCAUGGAAGUCUUCACACACUACGACCUCCUCACCCUCAAUGGCAGUAAGGUCGCCGAGGGCCACAAAGCAAGCUUCUGUCUCGAAGACUCGGAUUGCGAAAGAGGUAUUUACAAGGAUUACGCGUGCGCCAACUUUGGAGAGCAAGGUAUCAGCGUGGGUUGCUGGGACCUCUACCGCCAUGACAUCGACUGCCAGUGGAUAGAUAUCACCGAUGUGAAACCGGGAAACUAUGUCUUUCAGGUCCACAUCAACCCCAACUAUGAGGUGGCAGAGUCUGAUUUCUCCAACAACCUGAUGAAAUGCCGGUGUAGGUACGACGGCUUCCGAAUCUGGGUGUACGGAUGUCACACAGGUGAUGCCUUCAGUGCUGCUAUAGAGGAUCAGUUUGAGCACCAGGCUGCCUUGUCCAACAACAUCUCCUAACCGGAGGGGCGUCACUUUGCGAUACCGCACAAUACCUCUGACCUUCCGGCCUCGAUGCCCUGCCUCUCACCUGCGCGUCCGUGGAAGAUGGCCGAGGCAACGGGGCCGAUGGCAGCAGGAGUACGAUCCAUUUGUGCAUUUGGAACUUUGGGGGGGUGACGUCGAGCCGAUAGGAUUCUUCGAAGAGUGGGGUGAGAGGAGGGGGUGGGCUAAACUUUGACCACUGAAUCUGAAGUGAGCAAAAUCCAGUUCUUCGAUUGUUCAGCUCCGCAAAUGAUCCUUUCUCUGAGUCAGCGUUACUGUAUCCUCUCCCACACCCGGUACCUAGAAUGCUCCUCGCUUUAAGCUACCGUCUGUAUUUUGCCCACCCUGGUGCUAAUUUAACCCCUGACCCACUUUAUGUUUGUGGUUUCUUUUUCUUAUUUUAAAAAUUUGUCCAAAGUGGCCGUAAUAACCUCACUGCCUGCACAUUGAAUUAUUUGAGAAUAUUUUUUAAAAAAGAUCUAUAAAUAUAUAUGUGUAUAUAAAUAUAAAAUAUUAAA